GCCGCCGGGCUGGGCUGGCUGGCUCCACAAGUUUGACAGUUUGGGCGAAGGUAGCAGCGGAGCCGUCUCUGCCGGGACUUUUCUGGGGCGGCGGCCGGGCGGAGAGCGGGGCCCCGCGUGAGGGGCAGCGGAGCAGCUCCCCGAGGAGAAAGUUUUUUCCCGCCGGCCCCCUCGGCCUCUCUGCCGGAUUCUCCGGAGCCGCCGCUGCCCUGACCCCUUCUCUCCUGCCUGAGGCGCUGCCGCCGUGUCCGUGGCCACGAUGUCUCGGGAUCCCGAAGAGGUGAAGAAGCUGACAGAGAGCACCUACAAGAAUGUUAUGGAACAGUUCAAUCCUGGGCUACGGAAUGUAAUAAACCUGGGGAAAAAUUAUGAAAAAGCUGUUAAUGCUAUGAUACUGGCUGGAAGAGCAUAUUAUGAUGGUGUUGCAAAGAUUGGAGAAAUAGCAACUGCAUCUCCAGUUUCUAAAGAAUUGGGACAUGUCCUUAUAGAUAUUUCAAGCACAAACAAGAUACUUAAUGACAGCCUAGAGGAAAGUUUCAAAAAAUUUCAUAAAGAGAUUAUAUCUGAACUGGAGAAGAAAACGGAACUGGAUGUAAAAUAUAUGAAUGCAACUUUAAAGCGAUACCAAACAGAACACAGAAGCAAGUUAGAUUCAUUGGAAAAAUCUCAGGCUGAGCUGAAAAAAAUCAAAAGGAAAAGUCAAGGUGGAAGAAACGCAAUGAAAUAUGAGAAUAAAGAAUUUGAGUAUUUGGAAACUGUGAGUUCUCGACAGAGUGAUAUUCAAAGAUUUAUUGCUGAAGGUUGCAGAGAAGCUCUACUUGAAGAAAAAAGAAGAUUCUGUUUUCUGGUUGACAAGCACUGUAGUUUAACUCAGCACAUGCACUUCUAUCAUAAACAGUGUGCAGAUUUACUUAACUCCAAGUUGCCUGGAUGGCAGGAAAUGUGUAGUGAUGCCACAAAAGUGCCAGAAAAAGUUAUGAAUAUGAUAGAAGAUAUGAAGACGCCUGGUUCAACUCCAAUCUCAGGAACUCCACAACCUUCACCAGUGACAGAGAGAAAUAGUAUGGUUGGAAGAGUGCCCCCUGCUCCUACAGUUAGAGCAUUUACUAGUCCUUUAGUUGACAUGUUUAACAAUCCACCAGCAGUUCCAAAGGUUCCUUCGGAAAGCUUAAAUAAUUCAGCAGGUAAUUCAGAUGAUGCCAGUUUAUCACGUUCAACUUCUGUUGCCACAGGACUGAACAUAAUGAAAAGGCAGAAAGUAAAAACUAUCUUUCCACAUACGGCUGGAACUAACAAGACAUUACUUAGCUUUGAACAGGGAGAUGUCAUCACACUUCUUAUAGCUGAAGAAAAGGAUGGCUGGCUUUAUGGGGAACAUGACAUAACUAAAGUAAAAGGAUGGUUUCCAUCAUCAUACACAAAGCUACUGGCAGAGCCAAGUGAUGAAACAGUACAUGUUCCAGUGCGAAGCGCUGCACCAAUCAGAAGUAUCAGUUCUAUAAAUCUAGCAGAUAAAGGUGGUGUUGUCCUCCCCCCACCAGAUUAUCUGGGAACUUUGCAAACAGGCACAACUUCAGAUAUGAGAGUAGAUUCUUCCAAAGGCACUACUGUUAAAGCACCUGUGGCCAGACCAGAAAGCACAACUCCUAAACCUGUUAUAAAUGGCAUUAUAAAACCACCUUUCCUAAGCGGAGAAAAUCCUUUUACCACUGUGAAACUCCGACCAACAGUAACAAAUGACAGAUCAGCACCAAUAAUUCGAUGAAUAUAAUAUUCAUGAAAAUAUUUUUACUCCCUGUAAACACUAUGUUCAGCAAUAUGAUUUACAAAGGCUGUUUAUUUAAAUGUAAUUAGUGUACAGUAGGAGAAGAUUGGAGUGGAUUUCUGAUUUUAACAAUCCAUCUGCUUUCUAAAUGAGGUAAUUGCUCUGGGUUAAAAUGUUUGAGAAUUUUGGCUUGAUUUUACACUACAUGCCUUUUUUAGGAAGAAAGACAGUUGUGAAAGUAUGGGGGAAGUUUGAAUACUGUAGUUACCUGCAUACUUAAUAUUUUAUCAAAAUGCUCUCUAUCUGUUGGAUGGAAAAUACCAUGGAUAAGUUUGUGUUUAAGUCUGCAUAUAUUGUUUAGUAGAUAUAUAAAAGAAAAAAAACUUCAUUUUUUUAAUAAAAGGAACAAUGCAACUGUUGCCUUAAUACUAAGAGUAGAAGUUUGACUGUAUAAAAUGAUUAUGUAUUGCAUUGUUUUGUUUAAGAUAGAUGCCUUAGGUUAUAAAUAAAUAUUUAUCCUCUAUGAGCUUAGACAAAUUUAGUAUGCUUUGCUUGAUGUUAAAAUGCAAAUUAUUUGAUCUGAAGUGUCAGCAUAAAGCUACUAAAAUUAUACAAAGUCUGACUUUUAGGUCAGUAAUGUUCUACUUUGAAAAAGGAGUAUUAUUGUUCUAAUGAAAUAACUAUUUAAAGGUGGGGGGGAGACACCCAUUUGCAAUACAGUACUAUCCUUAAGAGGACCAUGUCUACUGAAAUUUGUCAAAAACUUGUUUUAUAAAAAAAAAAUCAUUAAACAAUGUUGCCACAAUUUUUCUUCAAAUUCCCGUGCAAACAGUUGUCUUUAAACAAACAUUCCCCCUCUGUAUCCCAAAGAUUGCAGCACUCAGAAACUGACAAUUUACUUUUGUCCAUAAUUAGAGAAAUGUGAAAAGUAAAUUGGAUUUUUAAUUUUUUUUUUAAUAAUCCUAAGUGAUGGUAGUAAUAUAAGUAAACAUUGUGUUGCCUAUAGCUAAGUAAACAGUGCCCCUUUAAGUCACAGAAAUUCAGUUAUCUUGUCCAUCCCCCUGCCACUGCAGGAUUGUUCUGAACAUUGUAUUUAAAGGGGUAUUAUAUCCUUAUAUUUAAUAACAAUGUUACAGGCUUGGUGGUCUGACCACAGAAAACUGAGUUCUAAUCAUGGUGAUACUGAUACUUUGAG